CCGUCAACCUCACCACAAUGAACACUCUGGUCGCCGUCUUCGCCGCCGUGCUGGCUGUGGCCGCACUGGCCAGGGCCGCCCCCGCUCCCCAGGAUGCCCUGCAGGCCACCCCCAAGCCCAUCGCCAUCCUCAAGCUGGCCAGCGACGUGCAGCCCGACGGAUCCUUCACCUACGAGUACGAGACGGAGAACGGCAUCAAGGCCGACGCCCGCGGCGCCCUCAACAACGCCGGCACCGAGAACGAGGCCCUCGUGCAGCAGGGCUCCUUCUCUUUCGUGGCAGACGACGGCGUCACCUACAGCGUCACGUGGGUCGCCGACGAGAACGGCUUCCAGCCCCAGGGCGCGCACCUGCCCGUCCCUCCCCCCAUCCCCGAGGACAUCCUCAAGUCCCUGGAGUACAACGCCGCCCACCCCGAGGAGAACGAGGCCAAGAACUGAGAGACUGACUUUUGUGUGUAUUUUAGAUUCAUAUGUCCAUCUGUAAAUAGCCACGGCAAAAUGAACUGUGAUAAGAAA